AUGGCUACUUCAGACUCACUAUAUCUGACCCUACCGGGCUCCGUUGCAUUCUCGGAUUUCCGAUGUCGCGGCAUAGCUGCAAGCACCAAUGCUAAAGCCGUCCGGGCUCAGUGGGUUCAUUACCUACACCUCGCGGAACCAUUGCAAGGCAACCAGCCUACGGACUUGAAACAGCUCUUGCAAUACGGAGAUAUAUCAGAUUCUCCGGGAUCUUUUGCGGCCCAGGAUGGCCGGUCAAUUACCUACUAUGUCAGCCCAAGAGUGGGCACCAUUUCGCCAUGGAGCUCUCAAGCUACCGGAAUCGCUCAUGUCUGUGGCUUUCAAAAGUGCCUCAAGCGGAUAGAACGUGGACUCAUGAUAUCCUGUCUCUUGGACGAAGGGGUUGACAGCCUGGACUCCGCGAGCCUUGAUAUUUUACACGAUAGGAUGACGCAAGUCAUAAGCACCAGCGAGCCAGACCUUCAGGCUAUGUUCGCCGAGAAGGCACCUGCUCCUUUGGAAGUUGUGUCUCUUACUGAUGGAGAGAAGUCUCCGCGAGAGAUUCUCCAAGAGGCAAACAAACGCCUCGGCUUGGCGUUGGAUUCGUCAGAGAUCGACUACCUUGUCGAUGCUUAUGCGGCGGGAGGACCCAUCUCAAGAGCUCCUACGGAUGUCGAAUUGUUCAUGUUUGCGCAGGUAAACUCCGAACAUUGCCGUCACAAACAAUUCAAUGCGUCCUGGGUUAUAGACGGAGAGGAAAAACCUAACACGCUUUUCGGUAUGAUUCGCAAUACCCACAAACAACACCCCGAAUAUACAGUCAGUGCGUAUAGCGACAACGCUGCAGUUCUAGAAGGAGAGGAAGCAGGUCACUGGGCUCCGGAUCUAACUACAGGAGAAUGGUUCCAGACAAAGGAGAAGGUCCAUUUCGUUGCCAAAGUUGAAACUCAUAACCACCCUACCGCCGUCUCGCCCUUCCCCGGCGCCGCCACUGGGUCUGGUGGUGAAAUUCGAGACGAAGGAUCAGUCGGCCAGGGAUCACGACCAAAGGCGGGACUCUCUGGUUUCUGCGUCUCGGACUUGUUGAUCCCCGAACACAGACAACCUUGGGAGCUUGACGUCGGAAGACCAAACCAUAUUGCCAGCAGUCUCGACAUCAUGCUAGAAGCACCUAUUGGAAGUGCAUCUUUCAACAACGAAUUUGGUAGGCCGUGUACAGGUGGCUAUUUCCGAACUCUCCUGACCAAGGUUGACCUUGGCAAUGGGGAGUCUGAAUUCAGGGGCUACCACAAACCUAUUAUGAUUGCUGGAGGUGUCGGUACCGUCCGCCCUCAGCAUGCCCUGAAAAAUCCACAUGCAGUUAAGCCAGGUUCCUACUUGAUAGUACUGGGAGGGCCAGCUAUGCUUAUUGGGCUUGGAGGUGGUGCAGCUUCAAGUGUCGCCUCAGGGGAAGGCUCUGCGGAUUUAGAUUUUGCAAGUGUGCAGAGGGGGAAUGCAGAGGUUCAGAGAAGAGCCCAGGAGGUUAUCAAUGCCUGUGUCGCUAUGGGAGCAAACAACCCCAUCAAGUUCAUUCAUGACGUUGGUGCUGGAGGGCUAUCUAAUGCGUUACCCGAGCUUAUCCAUGAUGCAGGCCUAGGGGCUUCUUUCGAGCUUCGGGAAGUUGACAAUGCCGAUAAGGGAAUGAGCCCCAUGCAAAUAUGGUGCUGUGAAGCCCAGGAACGAUAUGUUUUGGCCGUAUCUGAAGAGGGAAUGGCCGAUUUUGUAACAAUCGCAAAUCGUGAACGAUGUGGAUUUUCUGUCGUUGGUCGUGGACUCGGACAGCCGGAUGAAAGUAGGAGACUUGUUCUUCUCGACAAAGACUCAAAGGAGUAUCCAAAGCCAAUCGACCUCCCUCUCUCAGUACUCUUUGGCAAACCGCCCAAAUUGACGAGGACGGUUUCCUCAAGGCAACUCAGUCUCCCUGCAUUUGAUUCUAGUCUGAAGACAUAUCUUCCUACUCUACCAGAUCAAGAUUUGAUGGGUGAGGCUGUGAUGAGAGUUUUGCAUCUUCCAGCUGUUGGAUCUAAGUCCUUCCUUAUCACCAUCGGCGAUAGGACCGUUGGUGCCCUCACAGCUAGAGAUCAAAUGGUCGGUCCCUGGCAGACUCCUGUAUCGGAUGUGUCCGUCACCGCCACCUCGUUACUUCUUGGGAUGAAGACUGGGGAGGCUAUGGCUAUGGGAGAGAAACCCACUCUUGCCCUCAUCUCCCCUGCAGCCUCGGCAAGGAUGGCAGUUGCUGAAUCGUUGAUGAACAUUGCCGCAGCAGACCUGCCUGAGAGGCUCAGUCGUGUCAGGCUUUCAGCAAACUGGAUGUCUGCUACCAACCAUCCAGGUGAAGGUGCGGCUAUCUACGAAGCUGUUGAAGCCAUCGGGUUGGACUUGUGCCCCAAGCUUGGAAUAAGUAUCCCUGUUGGAAAAGACUCCAUGUCUAUGAAAAUGAAAUGGAGCGACCAGGAAACAGGAAAAUCUAAGGAGGUGACCGCACCUUUAUCCCUUGUCAUUUCUGCUUUCGCCCCAGUUCAGGAUAUUAAGAAUACGUGGACUCCCACUUUGCGAAGCUUCGAAGAGGUUGGCGAGACUGUUCUAAUGUUCGUUGACCUCUCAUUUGGUCGUAAGAGCAUGGGGGGCUCAGCCAUAGCACAAGUUUUCGGACAGGUUGGAAACGAUUGCCCCGAUAUUCGUGACGUGCAACUCUUCAAGGACUUCUUCGAUGCCACCCAGUCACUUCAGGAAGCUGGAAUUGUCCUCGCCUAUCAUGACCGCUCGGACGGUGGACUGUUUACAACCCUUGCAGAAAUGAUGUUCGCAGGAAGGUGUGGAGUCCAGGUCAUGCUUGAUGAUAUCUGUGCCAGCCCUAAUGUGAAAGAUGCAAUUGAGACCCUGUUCAAUGAGGAGCUGGGUGCCGUUUUCCAAGUGCGCAAGAGCCACGAAGGAGAAUUCAGAAGUUGCUUUGCAACUUGCGGCCCCCCUCCAGGUUUGAUCUUCAGAAUCGGCCGUGUUGCGGAAAAGAAGAAGCAGAAUCUGUCCAUUUACCAUGGAUCCACCUUGAUAUACCGAGAAAGCCGAGGCCGCUUACAACAAGCUUGGUCCGAGACUUCAUACCGCAUGCAACGACUCCGAGACAACCCAGCUGCUGCUGACCAGGAGUUUGAAAAUAUUCUGGAGGAUAAUAAUGCCGGACUAUCGUACAACCUAUCCUUCGACCCGAAGGAUACUGCAAUGCCAUUGAUGACGAGCCUUACGUCUCGCUUCUCGCCCUUUGCAACUCGGCCAAAGGUUGCAAUUCUCCGUGAACAGGGAGUUAACAGCCAGGCAGAAAUGGCAUUUGCUUUCAAUAUGGCCGGAUUCUCUGCUAUCGAUGUACACAUGACCGAUAUACUUACGGGCAAGGUUUCGCUCUCUUCGUUUGUAGGUCUAGCCGCGUGCGGUGGUUUCUCAUAUGGAGAUGUUCUGGGAGCAGGACGAGGAUGGGCCAAAUCAGUACUUCUUCACAAGCAGACACGAGAGGAAUUCAAAGCAUUCUUCGAGCGACCGGAUACUUUCGCUCUUGGAGUUUGCAACGGUUGUCAAUUCUUCGGCCGUCUUAAGGAACUUAUUCCUGGUGCUGGAAAAUGGCCUAGCUUCGAGCGGAACGCAAGUGCACAAUAUGAAGGACGUGUGUGUAUGGUCCGUAUAUCAGAGCCAACUGACAUUCCACCAACCGUUUUCUUCCAUGAUAUGAAUGGCUCUUCUCUACCCAUUGCUGUUGCGCACGGAGAAGGCAGAGUAUCGUUUGAAGAUACCCCUGGUAUGGAUGGCAAGCAGCUCGUACAGAGCGGGCUUGUCCCAGCUCGUUAUGUUGAUAACACAAGCCUCGAGCCGACGAUGCGAUAUCCCUUCAACCCUAACGGUAGCCCUGAAGCUAUUGCUGGUGUACGUUCACCAGAUGGAAGGGUUCUUGCUAUCAUGCCCCAUCCGGAGCGAACCAUUAUGACCGGCAUAGGAAGUUGGUUCCCUGGAGAUAAAGCAAUGAGCGAGGAAUGGGGCAAUGUUGGUCCAUGGGGUCGGGUGUUCUUCAGCGCUAGACGAUGGGUUGGUUGA